UAUACAUAUGUAUAUACUGGGAAUGCUGCUACAGUGGCAGUCCUUGGCCGGAUAUAAAUCCGGGUCGUUCCGGUUACGUAGAACCGACUGUCGUGGGACUGUAUCUUAUUUGCUUGCAAGUCGUGCCGUUUAAUUUUUCUCACAAAGUAAAGCUAUAUGAAUGAUACCGAGUUUUUUCUGAUUAUUUAGUCAAUUCCUUAAAAUAUUUUAGAAAACAUUUUCUUUGCACUAUUAAUUCAAUUGAUUUCUUGAACUAAAUAAAAUAACAAUUUUUGCAUUCGAUAUAUGCUUAUCUAACGAAAUACUUGCGUACCUACAGACAGACAUAUAUACAUUUAUAAUAAAUAAUCAUGGCAAUAAUAAUAAACAGCUUAGCUGUAUAUAAAUCGAAAUGCGUACUCCCUAGAUUUAUCUUAUCUUCAAUUAUUUUAAGACAGUAAUCCGAUUAGUUCCAUUUAAAUAUAUACCAUCAGCUGGCCGCUUAGAAAAGAGAUACACCGAAGUGAUUUCAUUUGAACAAAAAAAACAAAAACACUUUAUUAGAGAAUUCAUAAAAGUUAUUUAGAUUUACUUGCGAAAAUUACUUAGUGAAAGCUUUACUGCUCAGCUACCAAAUCUAAACUUACAGUUGGCUGCUAUACCAAGUGGUUGACUUCGGCGGCCAAGUAGCUGACUACGCUGCUGCUGUCACUUUUUAAGCGUUUAAGCGCACAACUCUCUGCCAUUAGCGUUGCUUGUAGCUUUUUACUCAUUCAGCCGCUGAUAAUUUGAUUUGAAUUCGUACGUUUAACACAAUGUUUAGUAAGAUUUUUGCGCUUCAAAUGCGCGGUUGAGUUUCGUACAAAUUUCGCUUAGCGCGCUUAAGCAAUUCGAAUCGGUGAAAUUAACAUUUUGCAUUUCUUAAAUACAAAAACGAGGUGGUGUUAAGUGUGUUUGCAUUUCUAAUUGAAUGCAUGUGCACCAACAACCACAUAAUACAUAAAUUCAUUAAUAAAAAGUGUGUCGUUGAAACGGUUCAAUUUGAUUUUGUAUUUUUUUGUUUGUUUUCGAACUGAUUUUCAAUGGCGGUGUAUCGCAGCAAAACGCGUUCAUUUGGUAGCGUAUCCUUUUGUUCGCCUAUUUUUGUGCCAAUUUUAUUCCUGCUACUGGUGCAGUGGUGCUGUGUUGCUGUCACCACCGCUUACGAGGAGAAUGAUAAAUUUUGCAUACGCACUCAACCGAUGCUGCUGGCGGAUAUUGAGAAGCAUGUAAAUCCUUUGGACGGUGAUCCCAAUUGCAAAGUCCUGGCCACAACGCUAACCGUGAAGGAGAAGGAAAGUUUCCUAGCGACCAUGUGUAAGGAUCACGGUACGUCCUAUAAGGAUACCUAUUAUUUCUUCAAACUACGCAAUGGUGAACUAAGUGGACGGGGAACGCACAAAGAAAUUUGCGAUGGUAUGAGAAAUCCUUUGCUUGCCUGGGUGCCAUAUAAUAUGGUUUUGGAGAAUUUCGUGCAGGAAUUGAAUCCGAAAGAGCAACUGAGCUAUAUUGGCAAGGCAACCGAUGUGGAUCGCGAAAAGACGGAACUCUGUCACUUCAGUCAUACCGAUCUCGUUACGAACAUCACAGCAGAUCUAUUUGCGUGCAUCGUCAUGAUAUUCGAAGACAACUUUUAUGGCCAAGAUGCCAACAUCAACGUGCUAGUCGAAAUAAAUCCUAUCAUGUACGAACUGCGCAACAUCACCUACUUGCCCUGGGUCAAUGUUUCGACCAGCUACAAGACUUUGCUCGAUCGAACAGUGCUUCACAAUCCAAAUCGCGAAUCAAAACAAAUUUAUGGCAGCAUAAAAUAUGGCUUCGUCGAGAAGGUACAUCUGAAUGUAAGCACCAUCUAUAGCCACAAUUUGGACCGAUUGCCGCUGCUGUUCGAACAUGCGGGUGCUGUGCUGGAAUUGAAUGACGUCGGUGUGGGUGGUGUGGAAGUCUCAACGAAAGCCUAUUUCGGCCGCUUUAUGGAUGCGCGCACUUCAGUGAAUGUGGAAGUGAUCGGUCAGUGGGCUGAGCAUCAUCAGCAGUUCAAUGCCGAUGUUUUCGAAUAUUUCGGUUAUGGCAUUAAACGCUACCGCAAUGAAAUCCAUCAUGGUGAAGUUACAUUUACGCGCAUAGAGAGUGCCGAACCAGUUUAUGAAACACCCGAUUCCAAACACCUUGCGGCGUCCACCUUACACAACAUGGGAGGUAAUAAAUUCGAACGCAUGGAAAUGGCUGAUGGGGAGAAUGGUACGCAAAUGGCAGACUGGGAUGAUGAAGAGCUUUCCGGGUCAUCGCAUGACGGUCAUCCGUACCCGGGCUUCUAUCCGUGGUUCGUAGUGGGCACCAUUGUGGUAGCGGUGGUGCUGUUGACGGUAGUGAUCGGUAUGGUGCGCGCUUGGAGUAAGAUUGAGGAGAAAAAACUCUACAAAUUGGCCGCUAGCUCUGCUUAAGCGAAGGCGGGGCAUAUAUGAAGCUGAUAAGCAGAGAUAAUGCGAGGAGCGCAUCGAAAGUUAUUUUUAUUGAAUAGGUACUAUCGAAGAUAUUAAUAUAUAUGUAUAUGGAUGUAUACUUAUAGUACAUAGUAAAUGUAUGUGUGUGUAUAUUUUACGAAAACGAUAAAUGAUGAUUUAAAAAUUAUUAAAACACAUUUGAAAACUCAUUAAGACAAACAGUUUUUGUUUUUUCAUGAAUUGAAGUAAAUCCAAGCCGAAGGCCG